AUGACAUUUCUAAUUUAUUUCGGAAUUUUUCAAUCAGGAAUGAAGAUGUAAUAUCUUUUAUUACAACUAUUGAUUUGCUCUAUUUCUGCAGUAUAUGAGAAUGAGUAGAUUGAACAUUCAAAUUUUUGGAUUCAAAAUUAAUCUUAAAUUAAUAGUUUCAAAUAAGGAAUGUAAGUAGUUGAAUUUAUAUCUACUCCAUUGAGUUAUAAAGGUAUAUCUAUAUUUAAUAAGUUAAAUAAUAUUUACAUUCUAAAUAAGAUAAAAUUUUAUUUAUGAUUUG